GCUGGGGAGCGUCAGGCCGCGUGGUAGGAUUCGGUCGGAGGCCGAGGACCGCCCCGCUCGUAGGUCCGCUCGAGGCCAUGCUGCAGAUUCAUUCACUCGGGGGCCGAUGCGCAGAAGUCCGGGCAGACCGGAGGCACUGUGCUUGACAUUUCCUGCCAUUCUCGAGCUGCGGGUGCAUGCGCGCAGAGAGGCCACGACAAGGGUAAAUUCGAAGAGUGGCAGCAGAACUGGGCGGGAUCAGAAUCAAAUGAAUCGUAAUUAAAAUGAGUGUUAACGAGACUUGGGAGCUAAGUGGGGGACGGGAGCAGUGUAUAGAUAGCGCAAUUCAUGCCCUUCACUCGUGAGACUGAAUGGGAGAGCGCUCGGUCCUGGAGGGGCGCCGUGUCGAGGAGCAGUGGGAGGACCCGAUCGUUUCUGCGGUUUGUUCUCUGAAGAUCGCGGACCUCGUGAGAUACAGGCUGGACUCGCGAGAAAAGUGACGCAGGCUCCAGUCUAGCAGGCGUCCAGCUCAAGGUUGUAAUUCCCCGAGUGGUGCUUUGCUUGUUCCAGGCUUCCUUCCAGCGUCCAGAUUUGCGUCGGUCGUCGUCGGGCGGAAUUCGUUCCAGAAUGAGUUUCAGGGUGUUUGUUGCGAGCGAGAGUAUCGUGUUACGUGCAGGAGCCGACCAGCUCGAGAUUUGAGAAUCCCUGAGCUUGUGUCGGGUAGAUUCGAGCUCGCGGAACACUGUUCGUUCCUGAAUAAUUGCCGAAAGACGGGUGCAUCUGCUCCACAUGAACCCCGACGAAAAUAGCAUGCAUUCUCCCCCUCCGCUCGCCCUGCCGGCACACGUGCCCUCGCCUCUCCAGACCUCUCCUCCUCGUCGUCCAAAUUCCACAUCUCCUCCUGUCUGCGAACAAGGGCGAUGUCCGAGCGAUCCAACCGAACGCGAAACGACCUCGACGUGACGAUGAGCAUUCUUUCUCCUCACGCCUCCUCUUCUGCGAUUCAUGCACUCUAUCCCAUCUCUCUCGUCCUCAUGCUAGAUAUGAAGACUCCCACUCCCCCCGAGUUCCAUUCCAUCACUGCUAUCGACCUUCCAAGGCCGCAGUUUCACCGAUAUUGCGAGGGCGUGCACGUCCUCGGACCCGAAUUCCAUAGACCUCGCAGCUUCUCUUAGAGACCUGUGCAGUCACCUCCGCUCCUCCAUACGAGAGCCCGUGAGCUCGAGAAUAUUACAUCUGCCCUUGAACCUGACGUGUCAGUCUCUCUUGGAUAUCAGUCGUCCCUGUAGAUAUCACUCAACACUCAACCAGCGAGAGAGAGUCUUCGUCCACGUACACUCAGCCAAAGCCAGAGAGAGGGAGGAGUGUAGUUAAGGCGGAACUAUAAUUGAAAUGUUCUAUUCCAAUUAUACACAUGUUGCAAGUUACAGCAGGUAAGAUUCACUGCUGACCUUCGAUGUGAGGCCGAACCGUCUCCCUCUCAAGUUAGGAGCUGAAAGUCUCGUGGUUGGGAUGAGAUUGAGACUGACUGACUGACAGACAUGGGGAAUGACUUGUACAUACACGUCUGCUGCAAGCGUAGAUAGAGUGAGUGAGGCGAGGGAGGCAAAGUCUACUGCUCCCGCGCGUGGAGAUUCGACCUGCACUCGUGAAGUAUGAACCGCGAUUAGAAACAGAAUUGUCGAUUCGGAAUCGGCAUUCGUCGACGCCUUGCACAGAUCGAGAUGCCGACAACAUAAGGUUGAGAGCUUGUGGCGACGUGCGGGAAUUCGAUUACGAAAUUGAAGGAUAUUAGAUCCUUGUUUUUAAUGAACUGAAGCAGUCUUCCACGACUGGCAAGUGAAGCAAGCAAGCAGCCGAGCAACACGAUGAACGGGCUCCAUCAGCCGCUCCUGAUACAUGACGAUGGCGAAGACGAUGCUCUGUUAGACCAGGAGCACGAGACGCCCCAAGAAUCUUCGUCUCAUCGAAACGGAUCGCUUCAAGAGCCUUUGCUGCAGUACGAUGAGUACAUCGAUAAGUCUCUGCGAGAUGCACCGGUCACUGAUUUUGCCAAAGCGGGAUUCUUCAGCAGACUCUUUAUUUAUUGGCUGAGCUCGCUGUUGGACAAGGGCUGGAAGAAAAGUCUGGUAAAGGAAGACGUCCCUUUGCUGGUGCCCGAAGACAGAGCUUCGAAACUGUACGAUGACUUCAGUGCGAAUUGGCCCAAGGUGCAGGAGCCAAAUUCGGUCAGGCGCACACUGGCCCGAACAUUUUGGAAGCCAUUUGUGCGCAUCGGUGUAAUAGCUCUGCUGAGACUUUCCGUGAUGUUCGUGGGUCCAGUACUGAUCCAAAGUUUCGUCAAGGUUACUUCUGGAGAGGCGGCAUUCAAGUACGAAGGUUACGUUUUAGUUCUGGCUCUGUUUCUAGCGAAGUCCACAGAGGUGAUCUCAUCCCAUCAGUACAAUUUUCAGUGUUCUAGACUGGGCAUGAAAGUGAGAUCAGCGCUCAUCUCAACAGUAUAUCGGAAAGGUAUCCGAAUCUCGAGCUAUGCUCGGCAGUCUCACGGCGUGGGACAGAUUGUAAAUUACAUGUCGGUAGACGUUCAGCAGAUGAACGAUGUAGUGAUUCAACUUCACAAUAUAUGGAUAGUGCCGGGGCAGGUCAUCCUGGCGCUGUGUAUACUCUUUUACUUCGUAGGUGUUGCGACUGUGCCAGGACUCCUCGUCAUGUGCUUCACCACCGCUCUGACUCUCUGGGGAGCUAAGUGGCUGAAAGCCUAUCAGGGAGCUGUCAUGAAGGGAAGGGAUUCGAGAAUGAGAGCGACAGUGGAGGCUCUCAGUAACAUGAAGAUCAUCAAGCUCCAAGCUUGGGAUAAAAAGUUCCAGGACAACGUGGAGAGUAGCCGCCUGGCGGAGUACAAGGCAGUGUCUGGGUACAUGUAUAUUACAGCAUUCAACAUUUUCACUCUGUGGCUCACUCCCUUGGCUGCUUGUGUAGCCAUCUUCUCGUGUAUGGUGAUAAUGGGAGGAGGUUUGACUGCCAGCGUAGCCUUCACGACAAUCGCGACUGUGCGUAUUCUGCAGGAACCCUUGAGAGUUUUCCCUCAAACUCUCAUCUCUCUGUCACAAGCUAGCAUUUCUUUGGGACGUCUUGAGAGAUUCAUGUGGAGUGAUGAACUCAGGGCUGGCUCCAUUGAGAGGAUCCCUCACGCGGAGGAUACGGCUAUUAGUGUUGUGAAUGGAACUUUCAAGUGGAGCGAUGAUAUGGAAGAACCGAAUUUGCAAGAUAUCAAUCUGCAAGUACCACGGGGUUCUUUGGUUGCAAUCGUCGGUAAGGUGGGGGCCGGAAAGACCUCUAUUCUAAGCGCGGUGCUCGGAGAAAUGCCGAAGGUGUCUGGGACGGUGAGAAUCAGCGGGAGCACAGCUUAUGUAGCUCAGCAAGCGUGGAUCCAAAAUGGGACAAUCGAGGAGAAUAUCCUGUUUGGACGAUCCAUGAAUAGAGCUCUGUACCAAAGGGUUAUAAAGAAGUGUGCCCUGGAAACGGAUUUGGCUCAGAUGGAAUUUGGUGAUCAAACUGAGAUCGGAGAGCGAGGUGUGAAUCUUAGCGGCGGGCAGAAACAGCGCAUUCAGUUGGCUCGUGCUGUGUAUCAAGAUUGUGAUAUCUACCUGCUCGAUGACGUUUUUAGUGCCGUCGAUGCGCAUACGGGCUCCGAGUUGUUCCGGGAGUGUAUCGUAGGAGCUUUGCACGGUAAGACUGUGGUUCUGGUCACUCAUCAAGUUGAGUUCUUGCCAGUGGCUGAUCAGAUUCUGGUGAUGAGAGAUGGUAGAAUCGUCCAGCAAGGAAAAUACGACGAUCUUCUGACUGGGGGGACUGACUUCGAAUUAUUGGUGGAAGCCAAUAAUGAAGCCAUGGAGAAAGUCACUUCACACGAGAUUGUACCAGAAGAACCUGAAUUACCACCUGCCCCUGCAAGGCGUAUAUCUAUGGACGGAACUGCAAGGCGUAUAUCUAUGGACGGAACUGCAAGGCGUAUAUCUAUGGACGGAAAUGCAAGGCGUAUAUCUAUCGACGGAACUUCAAGGCGUAUAUCUAUGGACGGAGCUCCGAAAUCUCCUAUACUUGCUGAUGAUCAAGGCGACAGAGAAUUCUACCUUCCACCACCUCCAAUGGUUGGGUCUCCGGUACCGCGAGGAGCGUUUGAACUCCCGAGCCAGGAUACCAUGGCGAGACAUUCAAUGGAAAGACAUAUAACAAGAAAGUUUUCAGAACAAGAGGUCAGGGCUGAGAAGGCGCAAGGUUCAGCUCGUCUUAUACAAGAGGAGGAAAGAGAGACGGGAAAAGUAGGAUUUGCAGUUUACUGGAUGUACUUCACAAGGUCUUAUCGUGGUCUCUUAUUGUUACUCCUGCUUAUCGUUCAAGUCAUCUGGCAAGUUCUCCAAAUAGGAGGUGACUACUGGGUAGCUUAUGGAUCUUCCGAUAAGGAACUUGACGACCAACAAGCCAAACAAUUCAUUUUUGUUUAUGGCGUACUGGCACUUUCUUGCGGGGUAUUUGUUCUGUUCAGAACAUUACUCGUGGCGGUUAUGGGUCUGACGACGGCUCAAAGUUUCUAUCUAGGAAUGCUGCGGUGCAUGUUCCGCGCUCCCAUGUCAUUUUUCGACACAACGCCAACCGGGAGGAUAUUGAGCAGAUCUUCAACCGAUCAGGCUUCAACAGACGUGAUGGUACCUAUGUUCAGUGGGGCAGUUCUUGCUAUUGGGUUCCAACUCUUGGGUGUUAUAUUCGUAACAGUGAAGACUACCAAGGAAAUAUUGAUCUUGCUGUUACCGCUCGCCAUUAUCUACUACAAAUACCAGACUUAUUACUUCGCCACGUCCAGGGAGCUGACAAGAGUGGACGCGCUCACAAAGGCACCUAUUAUUCAUCACUUUUCCGAGAGUGUUUCAGGGUUUGUCACCAUUCGUUGCUUUGGUCAGCAGAGCAGGUUCAUUCAGCUGAAUGUGGAUCGAAUUGAUUCCAAUCUCAGAAUGGACUUCCACAGUCAAGCAGCCACUGAGUGGGUUGGAUUGAGAAUGGAACUUAUGGGAAUAUUCAUUCUCUGUAUUUCUAGUUUGGUACUAGUGGCUCUUCCAUUGGGCUUCAUCAAACCAGAACUCGUCGGAUUAUCCUUGACAUAUGGGAUGAAUCUCAAUGGGUCGCUUUUUGUUGCUGCCUGGAUGUUUUGCAAUUUGGAGAAUAAAAUGGUUUCUAUUGAACGUAUUGGGCAAUACACAAAGUUACCACACGAAGCAGAACUAGAGAUUGAGGAAACGAAGCCAGCCGCCAAUUGGCCUACAACCGGCACAAUUGUCAUGAAAAAUCUCAAGCUGCGUUAUCGACCACAAACACCUCUGGUCCUGAAAGGCAUAUCGAUAACCGUCGAAGGUGGUAGCAAAGUUGGAGUCGUGGGCAGAACUGGGAGUGGGAAGUCCACCCUCAUCUUGGCUCUGUUCAGAAUUGUUGAAGCAGCUGAAGGCCAGACAAUUAUAGAUGGUAUCGAUAUCAGUACUCUUGGUCUGAACGAUUUGCGCUCGAGGUUGAGCAUCAUUCCUCAAGAUCCAACCUUGUUCGACGGAACAGUGCGAAGCAAUCUGGAUCCGUUAGAAAAGCACACAGACGAGGAGAUUUGGGAAGCCCUGGAGAAAUGUCAACUUGGAGCCACAGUUCGUCAACUUACUCACAAGCUGGAUUCCGCUGUUCUCGAGAACGGAGAAAAUUGGAGUUUGGGACAGAGGCAACUGUUUUGUCUCGGUCGAGUCCUUCUCAAGCGUAGCAGAAUUCUUGUGCUGGAUGAGGCAACUGCCUCCGUAGAUUCCCAAACCGAUGCCGUCAUGCAGAAAAUCAUCAGAAAGGAAUUCGAUGACUGCACUGUAAUCAGCAUUGCUCACAGGAUACCUACUGUCAUGGAUGCGGACAAGGUCCUGGUCCUCGAUGCAGGGAGAGUCAAAGAGUAUGGGUCGCCGUCUUCUCUUCUGGAUGAUUCGCACUCUGAAUUUUCCUCUCUAGUUCGCGAGUAUUCCGCACGAUCUGUUAGUUACGUAGAUUUAGGUUCUUUAGACUCUCCCUCGAGCUGAGAGUAAUGAGCUAAAUUAGUUCUGUAGCAUCCUGGCCUUCGGAAUAGCCGAUCCGGUGUAUUAUACUGAUAAUUAAAUUCGUUCUAGUCAAUAAAGAUACACAUGCUUUUUAACGC